AUGCCACAUCGAUCAAAGCCGGUUAGCGUUUUGCUCCUGAGACAGCCAGUGUCCGUCCUGCAGGGCACAGAUCCUUAUCAUGAUACGUUUGGCCCUUUUUGUCUACCAUCGUUUGAACUAUCCGCCCUGGACACACGCAGCUCGACGCCAGGUUCACCGCGAUCCGAACCACAACAGCAAUCUGCUUGGGGAGACAUUUGCUAUCGCACUGCCAGUGGUAAUGAAAAGGGGCUUGAUAAUUCUGCCAAAGAAGAGUUGAAUUCUGCACGUACAGGGCCCGAGUCUACAAGCAAACACGACUACCUUAUGACGCAUCACAUGUACAGCACAGAGUCGAACCAGCGUGAAUUUUGUAUUACAAGCUUCCCGAUCCUCACACAUCAAACCGUGCAUAUCAACGAACUAGAAGGCAUCAUACAUCGUGUGCAUGAGCGCUCCACAUCAUUUGAUGGCAUCGUUCUUCCGAGCCAAAGAGCCGCACAGGCCUAUCAUGACACGUGUAUACGUGUGUAUCAACAAAUGGCAUCUCAAGGAAAUCAUAAUAAUCUUAGCAAUACUUCUAGUGCAUGGAGCAGCAUGCCAUUCUACGUCGUAGGACCUGCGACGGCCAAGUAUGUGCGUGAGAUGGCCGUGCCUGCUGCAUUCAAGCCCAGUCAUGUGCGCGGCGAACAAGCAGGGAAUGCCGAAUCUCUUGCCCGUGAUGUUAUUCUUAAAGACAUUCAUACACUUGGAAAGCCAUGUGAAUUUUUGUAUCUAGUCGGUGACAAGCGAUCCAGCAGCUUGCUCGACACCCUACGGGCCCACCAUGCUCCUGCCGCGUUACAUGAGCUGCUCGUUUAUGAAACAAGCAAACAUCCUCGCUUCGAAGCAAAUUGCGCUCUCCUUGAACGCGACUUGCCAGAGCACAUGUCAACUGCAUCUUCUAGCCGUCCCUCGAGUUUCUCAUCGCAACUCCGUCGUGAGGGACUCGUCAUGACUGGAUACGAGCCCGUUGCAGCCGAACAUGAACUAGAGACAGACCUUUGGUUACGGCCACCCAUUCAAUCAAUGGAGUCAUUCCAGCCACCUCAGCCAGCACAGCCAAAUUGGAUUGUAUUUUUUUCGCCGAGUGGUGGAAACUAUGCCCUGCCUGAGUUGACACAGCGCCGGUGGAUUGUGCCGUUUGAGAGAGAAACGGGCUCCAAAGUGGCAUGCAUUGGUGCAACAACGGCCCAAUGGGUGCGCCAGAACCUCGGGUUCGAACCGCAUGCUAUAGCUGCACGGCCGACCCCCGACGCAUUACGAAGUUGCAUCACGGCGACCAUCUAA